GCCGGUUCGUGCCGUCGAACGCUCGCACUCGCGACGCUCGCGCGAAAACCGCGAAUCGACCGAUCGCGUCGGUCACCUUCGCGUCCUCGUACUCGCGCCUCCGCCUCGACCUCCGACGGGAUCCCGUCAAGAUCGGCACCUGCUGGCGAUUAAUCCGAGAUGACCACCCUCGGCAACGAUGAGUGGGCGGGCAUGGACCUCAGUGUUCGCCGGGGCAACGACCACGACCCCAGCUGGUUCGCGGGGCUUAACGGGCUCGCGGACGAGUACGACAUGAUCAUCGUCGGCGCCGGCAUCAGCGGGUGCGUCUUCGCCGAGCGCGGCAGCAAGGAGCUCGGCCUGAAGUCCCUGAUCAUCGACAAGCGCGACCACAUCGGCGGCAACUGCUACGAUUUCAUCAACAAGCACGGCUUCAGGGUGUCCCAGUACGGCGUCCACCUCUUCCACACCAAAUUCGACCGCGUUUGGGAAUACGUCAACAGGUUCAGCGACUGGAUACCCUACGAGCACAGGGUGAAGGGCAAGGUGAAGGACAUCCGCGACGAGUACCAGAUCGUGCCCAUUCCCCCGUCCCAGGAGACCGUCAACAAGCUGUUCGACGCGAACGUGCACACCGAGGAGGAGAUGGAGGCGUGGCUCGACGCGAGACGCAGCGUCAACCCCGACCCGAAGAACGGCGAGGAGUCCGCGCUGACCCGGUCCGGCCCCGAGCUGUACGAGGCCAUCUUCAAGCACUACACCCACAAGCAGUGGGACAAGUGGCCGGAGGAGCUCGACGCGUCCGUGCUCGCGCGCAUUCCCGUCCGCACCAACAGGGACGACAGGUACUUCUCGGACCAGCACCAGGCGCUGCCCAAGGACGGGUACACGCGCAUCUUCGAGAACAUGAUCAUGUCCGACCCGAACAUCACCGUCCGACUCAACGUGGACUUUUUCGAGCAGAGAGCCGCCCUCCCCAAGUGCGGACUCACCGUCUUCACCGGGCCCAUCGACGCCUACUACGCCUCGCAGGGCCUGCCCAAGCUCGAGUACAGGUCACUCCGGUUCUUCGAGGAGUACCACGAGCCCGACGCGUCGGAUAAGUCCCCGCACCCCGGGUUUUACCAGCCGUGCCUGCAGCUCAACUACCCGGGGCCCGAGGUGGACUUCACCCGCAUCGUCGAGUACAAGCACAAGCCCAAUCAGCCGGCGGAGGCGAAGCAGUCGAAAGGGACGGUCAUAUUCAAGGAGUACAGCUGCGACGUCGGCGAGCCCUACUACCCCGUGCCCAACCCCGCCAACAGGGAGCUCUACGAGCGGUACCAGGCUCUGGCAAAGGACGAACCCGGCGUGUGCUUCGUCGGAAGACUGGCGUCGUACAAGUACUUCAACAUGGACCAGGCGUUCCUCAACGCGCUCGAGUGCUGGGACGAGGUCAAGGCCGGGGGUAAGGUGGCGGCGAGGACGGAGCUCGGCGAGCCGGACGGGCCCAAGUAAAAGCGAGAGCGACAUUCUUUCAUUUUUUAAAGACGUUGGAAUGUGUAUUGCAGGCAUGUUCGUGGUUC